AUGGUGGAUUCUUCGCCACUGAAAAGCGACGAGCAAUACCCUUUAUUGAAAGUGGAGACUGGCGGCGGGGGAGACAGCGGGCGUUCCCAACCAUCUGUGGUAACACCCGGGUGGCAUGUGGCAGGAUCUCCAAAAAGAUCAUGGCUGGAUCGUUGGCCAGAACUCAUAUCAGCAUUUUGGAUGUCCGGUAUGCUUUUAGGCAUAUUUUGCCUGAUGUUAUAUGGACUCGGACUUGGCGUUAUAAAACGGCAGCCCGUUUUGAUGCUGCAUUGCAAAACACCUAAGCCUGGAAGUGAUGUUUAUUAUCAUCAUAUCUUUCAGCAUGGCAGUCCUGUUCCAUUUAGUAAAUUUUCCGAAUAUUUAUCUUACAUGGCAUCAUUGUAUUCCUCAUUACACUUCAAUGUUAUUUUUUUGAUGGACGACACAUAUCCAAGUGAUUAUCGUGGUAGACAUUCAAGAUUUCUUAAUAAAUUUAUGCCAAAUCAUUUUAAAAUAGGAGAACACAUUGACGAGAACAACCAAAAAGAAUUCAAAGAUUUUCAUACAAGACACCAAAAUGUCAACAUAACAGUAACCACUUUGAGUAAAUAUAUGGCCAUGACACCUUUAAAAUACAAAUGGAGAGCUAUCCCAAUAGGGUAUUUAACUUUUUAUGCAAGAGCUUUCUCCGUAUGGCGUAGUGGAGGAAUUGGAAUAGAUUUGGAGACAUUUAGUAGCCAAUUUAAUCGUCGUCAACUUCCAGACAGAAGAAUCAGUGAAAUCUUUAAACAACACAACAACGGCAUCAAACCAGAUGAGUACACAAAUAGUCUAAAUAACAUUGACCGUGAAGAACAAAACGAAUUCGCUUCUCUAUUUUAUGGUAUAAUUCACCAGAUAUUAAACGAAACUCGAGCACUAUUAAACCGUACUCUACAUUAUUCUGAAGCCUCUAUAGAAAAAGAUCAGACAUUUGUGGAACCAUUGGUUCGUACUCAUAGAAAUAAACGUGAACUAAACAGAAGUGAAUCUCAGUCUGAUAACAAUGCCAUUAAAAAUAAUUUUACUACUGAAAUAGCAAAAGUAGUGAAUACAACUAACCCGAUUCUAAUAAAUGUUACGUUCGGAAACAUUCGUGUAACAGCUAAUAAUUCUAACAUAUCCAGUGCAAUUGAAUCCGUUGUUCCCAUAACAAAGCAGAUUGAUGGAAAUGGGAAUCAGAAAACAUCGCGAAAUAAUUUUAAAUAUAUUCGCAAAAAUAUGUCUGAAUCUCCACAAAUACUAUUCUUGUAUGAUUUUUCACUUUUUUCUGAUAGUAAUUUGGGACCUUCAUAUCUUCUGCCAGAACCAAUGAUACAAGCUAAUUUUCCAGUGACGCUUAAUUUUACAGAACACGAGUCUACUCCUGAUAAUAAUUCGAAACUAUCGCCAUAUAUCCUAUCAAUAAACAUAGAAGGCACUUUUGUUGCUGCUUCGUUGAAACAACAUCCUUUCUUAGGGCAUAUUAUCUCGGCAAGAUGCCAGAGAAUGCCACCAAGAUUUGUCAUACAAGACGCCAUGACUUCACAAUGUUCAAAUAUGCUUAGGGAUGAUUUCUAUUGUAGCAACAUUUACUUACUUUAUUAACUUACUUUGUAUUUUAGUGUAUUCAAUGUUUAUCUUCAUAUAUGUGCUUAGGAUAAAAUUUAAAUUUUACGUUAUAAAAUAAUAUAUUAUGUUUUUUAUAGUUUGUUUGUUUUUCUUAGAGCUAACUAAUCCCUUAGCUUUCCUAUUCUCUCUUAAUGAAAACAGGAAAUAUGUUAAACUGCUAUAAUAAACAUGUUAACUAUUUGUAUCAUAACUACAGAUGGGAAAUAUAUAAAAAAUGCUCGUGUGGGUUGCUGAGCCACUUCAGGUUUUUAAAGGAAAUAUGAACCAUUUUAACUUCUCAUAAAAUUUAUUUUAUUAAAGUUUUAUAUGUUAAAAUUGUUAAUAUUUUUCUAAUAUAUAACAGAAACCUGUAUUUUUGCAAGACACAACUCUGAUCAACCUACAAAAUUAUUUGGUUUCCAUGGAUUUCCUACAAAUAAGAGGUUCAUUUCUUAUCAAAAUCUGGAUAGUCUCUUAACCUGCAAUUGGAAAAUAUUACGCUUCCUGUGACGUCACUUAGUGUAUCAUAACUACAGAUGGGAAAUAUAUAAAAAAUGCUCGUGUGGGUUGCUGAGCCACUUCAGGUUUUUAAAGGAAAUACGAACCAUUUUAACUUCUCAUAAAAUUUAUUUUAUUAAAGUUUUAUAUGUUAAAAUUAUAGAUUGUUAAUAUUUUUCUAAUAUAUAACAGAAACCUCUAUUUUUGUAAGACACAACUCUAAUCAACCUACAAAAUUAUUUGGUUUCCAUGGAUUUCCUACAAAUAAGAGGUACAUUUCUUAUCAAAAUCUGGAUAGGCUCCUAACCUGCAAUUGGAAAAUAUUACGCGUCCUGUGACUUCACUUAGUGGCUAAUUUGUAAGGAGCGUUU